ACCAGUUGAGCAGGAGGACUUCCAUAAUUCAUGGGAUAGGACGGGGGGAUCUUUCUCUCUUUUUCUCUUGGUCUCUCUCUUGUCAUUUCCAGUAACAGAGCUGAUAUGUCUUGACAGAGCAGAGGAGGACAAAUUCUCACCAGGAAAGUUCGUCUAUGUGUCACACGACGGCCAAGUGGAACUCCUCAGAAUGGAGCUGCUCUCCUCUGUGUGUCCCCUCAACUUCUUCAGUUUCCCUCUGGACGCCCAGACCUGCAACCUGACGUUUGGAGUCCUCGCUCACAGCAGUAGCCAAGUACAAGUGAAGAUGGGUAACCAGCUAAAAGUAUCCAGCAGUCAGCAGGCCGUCUCGUCACUGAAGGGAGAAUGGGAGCUUUUGUCAAUCCAGGAAGUCAAAGUACACUUCGAGAGACGCUCUGCCAUCCGGGUGCAGGUUACUGUCAGAAGACGGGCUCUUUUCUAUAUAGUCAACCUCAUUGUGCCGAGUGCCCUGCUGAUGCUGCUGGAUGUGAUGGGUUUCUUCCUCCCACCUUCUAACAAACAGCGCCUCACUUACAAGGCCACCACCUUUAUCGGAUACUUCAUCUUCAUCCUGAUGGUGUUCACCCUCUUCCCACCUUUUAUGGGACCAUUGCCUCUGAUUGAAGUCUAUUUAAUUGGCUCUUUGGGACUGCUGGUUCUCAGCAACCUACAGACAGUGGCCAUGUUUCGCCUAUCAAAUGGCAGGAGCCCAUGGACCCAGAAGUAUUUCUCUGCCUUCCUGCUGGAAUGCUGUGAUGGAUACAAGAGGGAGAAUACUAAAGGAGCAGCAGACUCUGAAGUUAAGUUUCCAACCUGUGGAUCUGACACUUCAGAAGAGAAGCUGGAGCGCUCUAGAUUACUCAAGAUGAAUGAGGAAGUGAAGAUGAUGAAGAAGCAACUGCAGACACUGCGCAUGGAGCAGGAGUUCCUCAGCAGAUGCAGAGAGUUUGGCUCAAUGCUUGACCAGAUCUACCUCUAUCUACAUGUUAGUACACUAAUACUUUCUGCCACAGUGCUCUACAUUAUAUGGCCAUACAAAACUUGA